AUGGAUAAUUACACCAGUGAUGAAGACAUAAAUGAUGAUUUUGAUAUUCAGCUCAUCAUUCAACAGAGCUUACAGGAUAUUCACAAACCAAGAACUACACAGAAGGCACACAAAGAUGAGAGCUUUCAUUCCUUUUUGAGCACUGAUUGUAAGAAGAUAGUCGAAACAAUAGCGACAGGUAAGGAAGAUGCAUUGUCACACUUGACCAAGUACCAUUCUGCUUUUGAUGAAGCAGAUGGAAUAGGCUGGCUUCCUCUGCAUAAGGCUGCAGUGCAAUCAAAUAAGAACAUUUUGGAAAUAACCCUGAAAGCUUCGAAACCCAGUGUGUGGGAGCAAACCACCCACAAUGGUGAAACACCACUUUUUUUGGCUGUCAGCAAUUGCCUCUUAGAAAACGUCAGUUUUCUUCUUCUCAAUGGCUGCAAUCCGAAUGCCAAGAAUUUCGAAGGCAAUUCUCCUCUUCUUACAGCUGUUCUACAUGAUGCCUACGACAUGGCUGCCUUGUUGAUCAGCCAUGGGGCAGAUGUCAAUCUGCGGUGUGCCAACGAGAGGACAGCUCUCCACGAAGCAGCCAAGCUGGGCAGAAAGGACAUGGUGAAGCUAAUGCUGGUUUCUGGAGCACACCCUGAUCCACAGAGCUCCUACGGAUUCACUCCUCUUGCUCUUGCUGCCCAAAGUGGGCACACUGAAAUCAUGGAAGUAUUACUGCAGAAAGGCGCUAAUGCUCUUGGUCAGGCCUCUGAUUCUUCUUCCAUCUUACUUGAAGCUGCUAGUGGAGGAAAUCCAGACUCUGUGGCUCUCUUGCUAGAGCAUGGAGCUGAUGCCAACAUCCCUAAGAAUUCAGGCCACCUGCCCAUUCACGUGGCAGCUGACAAAGGCCAUUUGUUAGCUUUAAAGAUUUUGGUUCCAGUUACGGAUUUUGCUGCUAUUAAGCAGAGUGGCAUCAGUCCAGUUCACUGUGCAGCCGCAGGAGCACACCCUGAAUGUCUGGAAUUUCUCAUCCAGGCUGGAUUUGAUGUAAAUUUCAUGCUAGAUCAGAGAAUUCGUAAACACUAUGAUGACCACAGGAAGUCAGCUUUGUAUUUUGCUGUAUCAAAUGGUGACCUCUCUUCAGUUAAGCUGCUUCUGAGUGCUGGAGCUCUGCCUAAUCAAGACCCGGUUAACUGCCUCCAGAUAGCCCUAAGGAUGGGCAAUUAUGAGAUGAUAAAUCUGCUGCUACGGCAUGGAGCCAAUGUAAAUUACUUCUGCAGAGUCAAUCCUUUACAUUUCCCAUCAGCACUGCAAUACACACUGAAAGACGAAGUCAUGCUCAGGAUGCUGUUGAAUUAUGGAUAUGACACAGAGCGAUGCUUUGAUUGUCCUCAUGGAGACAAAGUUCAUCUUUUCUAUGCUUUUGAAGGCUGGACACCUACAGUUAUCAAAGAUACUAUGUUUUGUGAAGUAAUAACUUUGUCAUGGCUGCAACAUCUCUCUGGAAUGGUUGUUCGAGUAAUGCUUGAUUAUGUUGAUCAAGUUCAGAUCUGUUCAAAGUUGAAAGCUGUGCUCCAAAAACAGGUGCUCUGGUCAGAAAUCCAUAAUAUCUUGACAAACCCUCGCUCCCUAAAACAUCUGUGCCGCCUAAAGAUCCGGAAGUGUAUGGGACGUUUGCAUUUGCGAUGCCCUGUCUUCAUGUCAUUUCUUCCAUUACCAAAUCGUCUAAAAGCAUAUGUCCUUUAUAAAGAAUAUGACCUUUACGGACAAGGAAUUUUUACAGGAACCUGGUAAAAUAUUCUGGAUGGAAAGGUAUAGUUCUGUAGCUGUAUUUCUUAAAAUUUGACUUGUUGCAUAUGAUUCAUAUUUCUCAUUUUACCUAGCAACUAAAAUCUCAAUGCAGUCUUCAUUUUUUUAAAAGUUGGUCUGAACAUAGUCUUUCAAUAUAGAGAUGGCUAGCAUCCUGAAAGGCAGUUUAACAAGACCAAACAGUAAAAAUUUCAAUUAACUGAAAUAUAUCAGUUCUAACUGUAUAUUGAUCAUAUAUUAAAGUAUAUAAAUCCACAUUUCUACAUGCUCAAAAUAAUAGGUGCAAUCUCUGAUAUUUCAAUUCUUAACAGUAAUCUUUUUUUAUAGAGAAGUACGUAUAUAAAAUGUCUUAGUGUUUGCACUGAAUAAAUACUGACUCCAGUACAUGACCUAGAUGUUAGAUAUUGUACAAAAGUCCCCAAGGCCAGCUUAGUGUCUGUUUACUUGUAGAGUCCAGUAUUGAGAUGGGGUAAUUAAGUUAACUGAAAUAAAACCUUCGAUUGCAUGCAUCCCUUCUUUACACAAAACUCUAAUUAAGUGUUACAAUUUACUGAUUAAUAUGAUUACUGGAAGAGAAAUUACAAGUGUUUUCAAAUGGAUGAUGACUUAUAACUUCUACAUUGAGCUGACUAGUCCAGUACUGGACACAUAGGAGGGACCUGCUUACAGAAGCAGUUAAAGGAUCUUAAUUUCAAUUUUAUUUCUAUACAUUCUAUGCUGCAUAGAAUAUAUAGGUUUAGAAUAUAAAGGGAGGAAAGAAACUGAAAAGACACUCAACUACACCUGUGUAGCAUUUAGAUGACACAGAGAAUAAGGAGGUAGGAUGAUGUAGUCCAUUUUCACCAGAGGCCCAGUCAGCUAUAGCCUAAUGUUUACACGUGUAGUCUUAGUACACUUUUUUAGCAUAAUAUAAUCCACCUUAGGUAAACUGAAGUUAUAUGAUUUCCUUCUUAUAUAGGGAAUCGUGGCUAUAUAGACUAUUUCAGUAAGCAAAGACUUAAAAUAAUUUUUAAUAAUAGUAUUCUCAUAAAAAUUUUGCAAAACUAGCUGGCAUGAAUAGUUUUUAUUUUUUAAAGCAAACUGUAUUAUCUUUAUAAGUGAGUGUGAAUUAUAUGUAUGUUAAUAUACAAAUAUAUUUAGGAGCUACAUGCACUUAUAUCUGAUAAAUCACAUAAUUCUAAAGUUAAUUUCACCCACUCCCCGGGCCUUUUAAAAGUAUAUAUACAUUUGAUAAAAUUCAAAACAAGUUAGAACAGAAACUCCCAGUAGAAGAAAAGAACUUGCUAAGUGCUAUAGGAAACUAUAAAGAACACAUUAGAUGAAUAUGUAUUAGUAUUAAAACUACAGGCCUGAGACACUGAAGCUGGUAUACAUAAUAACCUGCCCCUUUAAACAGUAGAAAUUUCUUUAAAUAGAACCAAACAGAGCAAGUAUACAUUGUUACAUUGUAACAUGUUUAGGGUAAUUAUGGAGAAGUCCCUUUAUUUUUCUAAAAGAAAAUAAAAAGUCACCAGUGAUAAAUUAGUGUUACUUUUCAAUAAGUGAAAAAAAAAUUUUUUUAAUUUUAGCUGUUACAGAAUUGC